AUGCCCCCUCCAUGCUUUUCACCAGAGCGCCUUGCGUCAGCCGGCUUAUUUGACGCAGACGAGUCACGGCAGAAUCCAAUAACUACAGGCUAGGCUCCAACUGAAAUACUCAUCACUGCGGAAUCUGUUCCGAUUGUAUAGCCUUGUGACAGUCAGGUAUAUAAGAACCUUCAAGUUCGGACCAGGAAAGCUGUUUUGGUUUCUUAAGCUUGUUAUUAACUGGACUUUUCACUCGAUUGCCCAUUGAAAUUUGCCAAAAUACUUUACGCACUCUUCGCUGUCACUGUUGCUAUUGCUGUUGUCCUGCUUGGGAUGCUCGACAACCGCGUGGUCAUGAAAUUAGCUAGCAUAUUCGGUAUCAACUCUCCUUCAAAUGCGCCACAUUCGACCUCUGCGGCGCGUCGGACGCGACCCUCUACUCAAUACUACUCAGCGCCUUCGAAGCAUGUACCAAGCUUGAAACCGCCUUCACCUGGUACGCAGGAUGCCGGCGGAGAACCAGAAGCUUACUAUCCUCCGCUCACCGCUCCGCCGGAACCUAUGGGGUCAUCAGUGGCACCUUUUCAAAGAAGGGAACGCAUUUUAUUUUACGACAAACACGAACCUUUCUAUGAAUUCACGAAUUUCUCGCCCCACGACGUGGUCUACGGUGGGAAAAGAUAUCCAACCAGCGAACACCUCUUCCAAGCCCACAAAUUUUUGGACGACCAGCCAGCUAUCGCAGAGCACAUUCGCAAAUGCGGAGACAGGCCAAGUGCUGUGUUCGACGAAGCUCAUCGUCACCAGAAAUGGGUUCGGUCCGAUUGGAGACAAGUAAACGUUGAGAAGAUGGAAGUAACACUUCGGCUCAAGUUCACUCAGCAUCCUGAUCUCAAAGCCCUACUUCUUGGCACAGGGGAAGCUGAGCUAGUCGAGGACUCUCCAAAGGACUACUUUUGGGGGGUAGGUGCUGAUGGCUCUGGGCGCAACGAGCUGGGGAAAGCACUUGAGAGAGUGCGGGAUGAGCUUCGACACGAUCACGAACCAAACAGAAUCCCCGUGGUCAGGCGGGACACAUCUCGAUUUUCGUUGCAAGACUUGACGUCACUGGUUGUGGCCCCAACGCCCCAACCACCAGUCCGAGCAUCGCAACGGUACUCCGUUGUUUCCACAGGCAUGGCAAACAGUCCACGGUCAGCAACAACACCUCAAGCUCCAGUCCAAGUACCACAGCGUUACUCCAUAGUUCCCUCAGGCAUGGCAAUCAGCCCGCAGUCAGCGUCCACUCCUCAUGACGCCGAGCUAUGCGAGUUUUGCCACCAAAAACCGAAAUACCAACACCAUGCGUACUGCGGCAGGACAUGCGCUACACAAGCAGCGACAAUGUGCAAUCAUUGUCGCAACAAACCAAAGUAUGGCAAGCAUCCUUACUGUUCGAGAACUUGUGCGGUGCUUGCCGGAAAGGCAACCUAGGUUUUUGAAAUAUCUUCCCGUUUGGUUAAUUCGUACUGUAAGAUUAUAUUUCGUCGUUUGCGAGUCCGUAUUCGUUAUCUACCGCUGUCUCUCUUUGUCUGCGUCUACCAAAUAUCCCAUUGGUUCGCUUACACGUUGAUGCGCUCAGGGUCAAUUUGAGUGCCACUCUGACGGAUUCUCCACUCGUGAUGAACUACUCUCUCACAGUUCUUGCUUCGUUUCUACUUACCUUUCCCCAAUUUUCAUUUCGUUAAGUAGCUGUCAAAGAAGACCCAGCCUCGGGACUAUUCGCCAUCGCCAGCUUCAAUUACAGUGGUGUGGUAGUGUGCCUUUGAAAUGGCGAAGCGGGUGGAGGCCAUGGGCGACGAAGUCGGUCUCGUCAACGUUCCUUCUCAUCUCACUCACAUGCAAGACAUCAGUGAAAACGUGCUGCACUUGUCGCAC